GGGUGCACGUGCACCCCCAUUUAUAGGUAUGGAUCCGCCUCUACUAAUUUAGUAUUGGGAAAAUCUUACUUCACCACUUUAUUGAUGGAGAGUUGGGGAGCUACCUUUCAUGGUAAUAGCUUUUUGUUCUCUAAUGUAUUUGACAAAGUGUAGUAUUUUGUAUGCAUGUGAGAGAUGACAAAGUGUAGUAUUUUGUAUGCAUGUGAGAGGUGUUAUUCUCUGUUGGAUGCCUAUCCAGAGAGCUAAGAGCUCCUUUUAUAAUGGAGAAGAGUUCAAAUGCUCAUUACUUUUGUAAGUGAUAGUUGAGGUAAAAUGGAGUCUUAUCCCUGAGAAGUAGGGAGUGGCUCUGUUUUUCAUGGAGCAGCUGUGGAGCCUUGUACCAAAGAAUGGUAAAAUAACUCAAGUAGUUCUUCCUCCUUGAAUUGGUCUUAACUUAAAUAAGUUGGCCCAUAUGAUUUGCGGGAAGUAUGGCCUAUAUGUCUGGUGGAGAAUAUGAUCCACAAAGGUUGUUGCUUACAUCACUCUUCAAAAAACCCUAACAGUUUCGUGGGGUAUGGUAACUAAAAAUUGUUAGCUAAUAACAACUUAGAAAUAGCCAUGUCUAAAGAUUACUCUUCCAUACUUUUAGGAAUAAGUUAAAAGUGCUCUCACGUUUACUGAGGAGAACUUCUCCAAGGUUUCACAUUUUUGGAGAGGCUUUUUUGGGCAGUCUUGCCUGUAAUUGAUUAGGUCGCUAAGCAUGGGAGAUAAUAUGAUAUACUUUGUGGUGGGUUUCAAAUCUUAUGACAUAACAAGGAUUGAGUCAAGACGUCAGACUUGGUACGAUUGGGUAGAAAGUGGUUGCAAAAUGAUGACCAGAACUAGUUUCAUCCAGAAGACAAUAGAGUGGCUGGAUUACACUCUUUAAGGAGGCUUCCAAAGCGCUGGGGAAUUCCGUUAGCAGGUGGAAGCUUCAUGACCAUUUCACUGAGUUCUUUUGUUUGAGGAACUUUAACAAAUAUGGUUGAUAUAUAAGUAUCAUUAAUAUGCAAGAUCAGAAAAGAGCAGUAAUCAUCAUUCCUAAGAGCAAGAGGGCAUUCAAUACGGGCUACAUCAGAACUCAGAAGCAACAUUGACAACAGAAAGUUAAGGCCACCUCGAUGAUCAACAUCGCAUUUGGCAUAUCAUUUUUGUUAGAUUCUAGCUCUUAUUUCUUACAUUCUUGUUCUAGUUGUAAGGAUUUUGUUUUGAUUUUGAUUAUUGCAUAAGAUAACCCUAGGUAAACAACCUAGUGGCCUUUAAUUAAAUUAGAAAGAAAAAAGCCUAUAUGAUGUCCCUGUUUUCCAUUUCUAUGAAUAUGGAUAAAAGAAUGGAUGCUCUGAGAAUGACGUUCAUGUGGCAAGGCAACAGUGACAUAAAAAAGAUUCACUUGGUUAGUGGGAUGUGCUAACAUGUAGUAAGGUAGUAAGAAGGCACGAGGUCUGGGAAUAAGGAACCUGAAAAUCUCGAAUCAAAGUCUAAUAAUGAAAUGACUUUGGAGACUUACAUCUAAUGAUCAAUAACUGUGGAGUGAUUUAAUCAGGAUGAAGUAAGGUGUUACAUUAGGCUUUGGGCCUAACCCACACCCCAAAAGUUAUCUCAAAGGGAGGAGGAUGCAAAUGACAUUCUGCUCUAACAUUUGAAGGAGAGAGAAAUAGAGAAAUGAGACUUUUUCAUUCUUCAACAUCCCACCUCACGCCCAGGCUAGACAUCUGAGUCGUGGGCAAAUUUUAGUUUAGGAGCCUAACAUCUCGUGGGAUAAGUCUUGCUCUAAUACCAUGUAAAAUUAGGUUUUGGGCCUAACUCACUCUCCAAAAGCUAGUUUGAAGGGAGAAGGAUUGUCCACUCCUUAUAAGGAAACCAUCCAUCUUAUUAACCACCGAUGUGAAACUUUAUUCGUUAUAAACAUAUGGUAUGGAAAGUAACUGGGCAAUUAAACAUGUUAAAAAACCCUAUGGAAAGCUAGCAAGAAAUAGGAAUUUAAUAGCAUGAAAAUAUUCUUGUAAGAUCCAAUUGGCUUGGCCAAAGGACACAAAAACAACUCUACUUACAGAUCUACAACUUAAACCAACAACAAGAUGCAACAGCCGGAGAGGUCUGACCAAAUCAAGGAUGGAGUUUGGCUUCUGCCAAAACAGAUGCCUGGACCUGAUUCUCCAUGCUGAACACAAAGUUAUCUUAGAGGAAAUGCGAGUUGAAUAUGAUCGCUCUCAUACCAAUGAUAGUAGUAAUAAUACUGCGGUUUCAUCUGGCCAAGAAAGAAAUUUUACGCCAAAUGGAAGGGGCUCUGACAUUGUCACAAGUGAUGUUGAGAAGGUUGAAAACAUGGAUAAAUAUGGCAGGGACAUGGAACUGAAGAAUCUAUGGACUUCCGGUUCUAAUCAAUUCUCAGGAUCUCCGUAUGUUUCUUUUCUCAAAUUUGUCAACAAAGACUCUCUUGAGGAGUCUAGAACUGCCGUAUCCAGUCGCUUUCAACAUGCUUUCCUGCAGCUUCUUUCCAACGCUGGAUUUGAAGAAUUGUCUGCUAGAGAUCUGAGGCUGACAUCUGCUCUAAAUACUGAUUAUCUUCUUACUUUGCCAAUAUCUGUUGACUGGAAGAGUGCAUCUCAGUCCAGUGCCAUAUUAUUCAGGCGUGGUUAUGCAACUGAGAGGCAGAAGGGUUUGCUAAUUGUUGAAAAACUAGAGUACUUGCAGUCAAAGUUUUUACAAGGAGUUUUCUCUCUGAUAGUCAAACCUCUGAAGAAAGUUAGUAUUUGGUUGACUGAGGUUUUGGAAAGAUCUAUCACAAAAGACGAUGCUCAAAUUUGGGCCAGAAAAACCAAGCUUUGGUUGAAAUAUUUUUCGAUUUUUCAGCAAACAUCUAGUGACAACCAGCACAUAUCAAAUAGGCCAUUUGAAGUUGACACAUUAUCAGAAAACGACUUUCCCCUUUCGAAAGCUGCACAGAAUGCAGUAACUCGUUAUGAAGAAAAUCUUUCAGCAGCUGGGCCUCGUGGCAGGCUUCUAAAAAAACUGCUGGUGUUGAUUGGAGUUCUACCUUCAACACAUAAACAGCAAGUUGAUGAAAUAGAUGUUACUGAAACCGAGUCUCAUUUAAGGCCAAUAUUUUUGUCGAGGAUAUCACUUAGCGAUAUAUGGGAACCUGCAUCACGCAAACUAUGUGGAAAUGAUUUUUGGAGAAUGUUGAGAACUUCUAUUUCCAUUCUUCUCUCAAAAUCAACACUCCAGGAGCCAGCUUACCAAGAGUUGAUUUUGCUAUACAUCAAGGGAACUUGUGAAGGAGGUGAUGCUGAUAUAGCCGAGUUUCCCUCCUUACAGCUGAAGAUAUACGAGAGAAUCCCCAUUCCAGAUCUACCCGUUGUUUUUCCACACAAGAAGUUGUCUUUCCGCAUACUAGACUCGGUACGCCUGGACAUUGCCUCGGUUCUUGGACUUCUGGCAUACUUCAUAAACUACAAGUUCGAAAACAUGUUUUCACUAUCCGCAAUACUUUUAGAUGUGGUUGCAGUCACUGCUCUUGUGAUAUAUGUGAGCCGUGUGGUCUUGGGUUACAAGCAAACAUGGGAUAGAUAUCAACUUCUGGUCAACAGGACACUUAAUGAGAAAACAAUAGCAAGUGGCUUUGGUUCUGUUUACUUUCUCCUGGAUGCUUCUGAACAACAGCAGUACAAAGAAGCCAUUUUGGCAUAUGCAGUCUUGCUGAAAGAAAACAUCCAGGAAAGUUGUGCUAGAAAUAUCGGAGCCAGAUGUGAGAAGUUUAUUUAUGAUCUAUUGGAAGAAAAGGUUGAAAUGCCUGUAGACAAAGCCGUAAGUACUUUGGUGAGGCUGGGUAUUGUAACGCAGGAUUGUUUAAAUGGGCACACUGAACUGCAGGCAGUCCCUUGCUUCAAGGCACAUGAGAUUCUUAAAAAACACUGGAAUACCUUGCUCGGCUAAGUUCAACGCAUACAAAGUUGUACAAUUUUAGCUUCUAAUUCUCAAAGAGUUCAAUGAGAGAAGGUUACAGAAAGUUGCUAUUCUGUAAAAUUAAGUAUAUGUUUGGCAGUUUGAAUGCAAUAAGAGAUGGUGUACCUAUACUACAAUUAGGAAGAAUGAAUUGGACCCCAAAGAGGCCAAUGCCUUUAGAAGAAUUGAUUUUGGCCUGACAAUUAUGGUUGGAUCUGUCAUUUACUCAGUUGGCAAGCAAUAAGCCAAUACUCGAUGUGUAUAAAUUAAAUGUGUGUUGGUAUUCAUGUAAAUUCUUAUUUCAUGGUCCUUAUUUUGAAGAGUGAUAGACA